GAACAAAAAAUCUAGAAGUUUGAUUUUAAAGAUUCUUGAUUUUAACCAAAAUUAAGUGGUAAAUCAGUUGUCAAUACAUGUUGUUACACAAUUUUAGAUAUUUUUUUCUUUUUUUUUGUCGAACAUUUUUUUCUAUUACUCUAUCUCAAAAUACAUUUUAUAGUACGAUCUUAUACUGCAUUCAAUAUGGCCGCCUUUUCUGCCAAUUGGCGUUUUAAUAAAGCUGACUAUAUUAAUAAUACUCCUUCUCGCCGAGAUGGAACUUCUCUGACAGAAGAACGAAUUACAAGAAGGGUAGGAAUGAAAUUCCUCCUAAACGUCAGUUGGAACUUAAAUAUACCUCAAAACACAAUAGCAACGGCGGCAACAUAUUAUCAUAGAUUCUUUAUGUUGAGGAGCUUUAAAAGACAUCACAAGUAUGAGAUCGCCGGAGCAUGUAUAUUAUUAGCUUGUAAAACUGAAGAAACAAUGAGAAAAAUAUCUCAAGUUUCUUCAAGUUGUGCAAAGUUUGCGCGAAAAGAUCUAUCGCCUUAUGUCAAAGACGAAGGGGAAAUUGAGCAUUGGUCGAGGACUAUUAAAAAAAAGGAGCCGAUGAUCGCAGCAACCCUCUGUUUUGACCUAGCGAUUAAUAAGCCAUAUAAAGUACUGCUCGACUUCGUAAAAACACUGAAAGGUGUUGAAAAAAAUGUGUUGCAAAAUUUUGCAUCUCAUGCUUGGGCAAUAAUAAACGAUAGGUAAAAAAAUUGAAAUUUACUUAACACCUAUGUGUCUAUUUCAAAAGCCCGA